CCCACAACACGACAGGCUACUUGACGUUAGCAGAAAAUUCAACAACACUCAUCAGUCCCCAAUAAAUUUAACUUUUAACUUGUCGCUACCAUGAAAGAUGUCACCGGGUACCUCAAACAGCAGCAGAGCAACAGCUCAACGCCGGAGAUGGCGUCGGAGUGGCACACGCUGGAGGAACUGCACAACAAAAGAUUGUGGCAUCAGUUGACUCUGAAGCUGACAGACUUUGUUAAAGACCCUUGCUUCAAAACAGGAGAUGGCCUCAUACAGCUCUAUGAAAAUUUCCUCAGUGACUUUGAACACAGAAUCAAUCCAUUGUCCCUCAUGGAGAUCAUUCUGUAUGUUGCCAGACAGAUGACAGAUCCUAAAGAUGCCAUCGUUUUUCUGGAGAAGACCAAGGAAAAAGUGAAAAGCAGCGAAGAAGCCGUCAUUCUCUGCAAGACAUCUAUCGGCAGCCUUAAACUGGAGAUCAAUGAUCUUCCUGCUACAAAGAAAAUAAUUGAAGAGGUCGAGGAAAUGUUGAAUAACUUGCCCGGAGUGACGUCGGUCCAUGGCAGAUUUUACGACCUCUCCAGCAAAUAUUAUCGCAUCAUCGGGAACCACGCCUCCUACUACAAGGACGCUCUGCGCUACCUCGGAUGUGUGGACAUCAAAGACCUUCCAGAGACAGAGAAGCAGGAGAGGGCGUUCACACUGGGACUGGCUGGACUCUUAGGAGAAGGAGUUUACAACUUCGGAGAGCUGCUGAUGCAUCCUGUGCUGGAGUCGCUGAGGAACACAGACAAACAGUGGCUCAUUGACACACUAUACGCCUUCAACGGAGGCAAUGUGGAGAAAUUCCAGGGCUUCAAGUCAGCCUGGGGCCAACAGCCGGACCUCGCAGCACAUGAAGCCAAACUGAUGCAGAAGAUCCAGCUGCUCUGCGUGAUGGAGAUGACUUUCACUCGUCCUGCCAACCACAGGCAGCUGACCUUCACUGAGAUCGGCCAGAGCGCCAAAAUCCCCGUUAAUGAGGUGGAGCUUCUGGUGAUGAAGGCUCUGUCUGUGGGCCUCAUCAAAGGCAACAUUGACGAGGUGGACCAGAAGGUGCAGAUGACCUGGGUGCAGCCCAGAGUGCUGGACCUGCAGCAGAUCAAAGGCAUGAAGGAGCGGUUGGACUUCUGGUGCGGUGACGUUAAGAACAUGGCCAUGCUGGUGGAGCAGCAGGCCCACGACAUCCUCACCUAAACGGUUUCCCUCUUCAGUCCACAGAGGGACGCCUCACUUCCUUCCCCGCACACAGCGACUCCUGUUUGUUUUUUGUUUUGUUUUUUUUUUUCUUUCUAUCGGAUGUUCAUUCUUUCAUUACUGUCACUGUUUAUUACCAAUCUGUAAAUUACACUGUGGUAUUUUACAAAUAAACAAAUUGGUUGAAACGUUAUCCUCACAAUAUGGACUGAGAAUAUUGUCUAAAACAUUAAUAAACAUGUCCAAAUAUCA